AUGGUUGAUGAAGCUCGAGAUGAAUCUAAAAAGGAGCAAAUGUCAAUUGUCUUGAGAUUUGUUGACAAAGAUGGUUAUGUGCAAGAGCGCUUCUUUGGAGUUGUUCAUGUUAAAGACACCAUAGCAUCAACAUUGAAAGAAUGUAUCUUUUCUGUCCUAUCUCGUCAUACUCUUGAUGUUCAAAAUAUUCGAGGGCAAGGUUAUGAUGGUGCAAGCAACAUGCGUGGUGAAUGGAAUGGAUUGCAAGCUUUAAUUUUAGGUGAAUGUCCUUAUGCUUACUAUGUUCAUUGUUUUGCACAUCGUUUGCAAUUGGCACUAGUUGCUGCGUCGAAGGAAGUUAUCCCAGUCCAUCAUUUUUUUACCAAGUUAAACUCUAUUAUCAAUGUUGUUAGUGCCUCAUCUAAGCGUAAUGAUCAAUUAAAAGCCACUCAUGCCUCAAAUAUUGCUCAUUUACUUAAUAUUAAUGAUCUUGAAAGUGGGAAAGGACUUAAUCAAAUUGGUUCUUUACAAAGGGCAGUUUUAUUGAAUAUCAUUGAUGAUGGAACUACACCCGCUCAACGUGGAGAUGCUGAUGCAGCUUAUGAGUCUCAAGAUAUUUUGAAUGCAAUGCAUCUUGUUUCAUCUACUAAGUUGCUCAUUCAAAAAUUGAGAGAUGAUGGAUGGGAUGAAUUGGUUGCGGAUAUGAAAUCUUUCUGUCAAGCACUUAGUAUACCUAUACCGGAUUUCAAUGCUCAAUAUAUUGCAAGAAGAGGAAGGGCUCACCAUCAACAAGAUGAAAUUACAGUAGAUCAUCAUUAA